AUGGCGAUGCCCACCACCUCCUCCGCUUCCCCAUGCCAGGCACCAUCGCCCGCCGGGCUGGGCCUCCCGCUCCUCAGCUCCCCUGGCGCCCGCGCGAGCAUCCUCGCCUUCAGCCGCCGCCUCCGCCCCCGUGGCGCCGUCAUUUCAGCACCCACUGGUGAGGACGCUACUUCGACCCUCUUCUGGUUCUCUAUUGCUUGA